AUGAUGAAAGCGACGACAGAAACGAAAACAACGAAAACCUCGUCGUUCACGUUGGACGACUUGAUGCUCGGCCGAGUGCACCUCUCGAAGGGAGAGAACGACGAGGAGGAAGAGGAAGAGGAGCACAGGGAAAUCGUCUUCUCGUAUCCUCUCCUCUUUCGAAAGAAAAAGAAACAGAAGAAAGAGAGUGGGUUAACGAGGCAACGUGAAAAGCAUUUGGAGGAAGAGGAGGAGGAAUUUUUGGCAAAAAACUCCUCGCCUCGCGAGAAAGAAGGUGCACAAAAUAUGACGGAGCUGCUCCUCGACGCGCGACGAAGAGAUGAUCGAUUCGAGCAGCAACGCGAGAUGCAGAUGCAAAUGCAAAGAGAACACGUGGAGAAGAUGGUUACAGGGUUUCCGUACGCGAAGAAGCAUCAACAAGAACAGCAUCAUCGUCAUCAUCGUCGUCAACGAGAGCAAGAACAAGAACAACAACGCGCGUCGCCGAGGCGCGACACCGGAAACGCACCACAUGAACAACAACAAGAAGAACAAAACGCAUUAACAAGCCCACCGCGAAGGAUCACGUUGCAGCCGUCGCCGCUGAAAGCGUCGAAUCAACGCCCAGAGGCGUCGCCGGGGAUGCGAGCGCUCGGUUUGUCGCCGUCACCGGUGAAGCAAAUAGAAAAUAACAAAAACGAUAGAAAUAGACAGCAGCAGGAAAUAGAAGACGACGAGACGAUGAAGGAGACGUUAGAGUACAGAGGUGGGUACGUGGACGCGCAUCCGAAAAUAGAGAAGCCACCGUCGCCGCCGAGAGGAUUCUUUCGGAAAAUAGACUCGGUCGCUUCGGAUGAAAAGCAGCAACGACGACAACAACAACAAAACGACGAAGACGACGUCUACAUCGAACCGAGAGGCGCGCAUAGACGAAAGUCACCAUCCGGUGGCGUUCGCGCAUCUGAGUCGACGAUGACGAUUGAUGUACCGUCAAAGAAGAACGGUGCUCGAAAAGGACGUCGCGAAUCCGAGGAGCUGCGAUUGGAGGCUUCAAAAAUUUUAGGCAUCACACCGCCGCCGUCUCAAAAGUAUGGAGGACAUCAUCCUAGAGCCAUCGUGGCAACGCUCGUCUCGAACAACGAUUAUCAGUACCGGUUAGACGAGAGUAGCGAUUUCGAAGAUGGGCGUCGUCGGUCUUCUCGAGCGAACAAAAAUUUCCCGGCGAGGCCGUACUGGGAAACGAACACCGCGAGGUACGAAGAGAAACGAAAGUUACAAGAACAAUCGUUCGAUAUGGACGGCGAUGGAAGCAACGACAAUUGGAUCGGUGGAUUAACCGACGAACGAAGCGAAAAGAUGUAUUACAAGAGAGUUGCGUAUGCGAACGGAAAUGGAAGCGUGAACGGACAACAGCCACCGAGAAGAAAGAAACGCGGUCGGCCGCCGGGAACGAAAAAUCCUCCCAAUGCCAAAAAAACGGGACCAAAGACGAAGAAGACAGUCAGCGCGAAUAACUCGGAAGACGACGACGACGGUGACUAUCGCUCCGGAGAGGAGAAACCGAAGAAAAAACGCGGUCGACCGGUUGGUUGGCGCAAGUACGCGCAGCAAGAUACGCAGGAACACCAACAGCACCUCCUUGAAAACCACCAGCGAGAACGGCGAAGAUACGAGGAGGAGACUAAGAACGAUUACGAUGACAAGGCAUCGGAAAGAUCGCAUCCUGUUUCCGCACCUCCUUCCGAACAAAAGCGCCCACUACAUUCACAACCACCGCCGCCAGAACGUCAACAACCGCAACAAAUACAACCGACGGUCGUGCAACAAAUGAUCCCGGUAGUGCCUUCGUUGCAACCACCGCUCGUGGAUAAUCCAACCGCUGCGUCGAAUGAAAAGGCGUGCUUGCAAUGCAAACGAAGCGACCACGAUUACGCGUUACUCGUAUGUGGUGGAUGCACGAAAUGUUUCCAUACGUUCUGUUUGGUACCACAAGUUUCGAAAAUACCCGACGGCGAUUGGUUCUGCUACGAUUGCGUUGCAAACGGGAGGAGUGUUGCAAAGAAAGAGGAAGACGACAAGGCCGACGAAGCGCCAGGCAGCAGCGACUCCAAGAAGAAGAAAAAGAAGGACGCUACCAAAGAAGGCGAGGAGGAAGAAGUCAAGGUGAAGAAGAAACCAGGCCCGAAACCAGGGUCAAAACGCCGACCGGAUGCGAAGAAGCCAGGCCCAAAACCUCGCAAGAAAACGCGACACCGCGCGUACUCCUCGGACGAAGACAGCAGCUCCUCGGACGAAGGCGAAGCCGUCGGCUGGACGCGAGGUGGCCAACGCGUCGUUCAAGGGAAAAGCGCACCUCCAUCCGCGCUCAAAAAAGGUCACUCCAUCGAUGAAGAAACUGAAGAAGCCGAGGAAGACGUCGAAGAAGAUGAUGUUGCCAUCAACAACUCCAAGACUGUAUGGUCUUUCGAGGAGCUCGUCGCGCUUGAAAACGCGCGAGCUACGGUAAAGAAGGACGAAAACUACUGGCAAAACAUUGCCAGAAGAAUACCCGUGGAACAAAACUGCGCUCCAAAAACCGCCAAAGAGUGUCGUCAGAGAGUGUACGAAGGCAUGCCGUCUGAAACCAGAUAG